GGAAUGUCAUGGGUCCAACGAGAAAGCUCAGUUCCGGUUCAAGAGGGGCGAAGAGAGCGCCAGGAAUGCUGCAUGAAUGAUCGUGGUUUUCUGACAUUAAGUGUAAGAGAUGCGAGGCUGGUGUUGAGAUCACCGUAGUCCUAACAACCUCCUCUGCAAAUGUCCUGUUGCGAUGAUGGCUAUAUAAGGGGGAUGAAUGAAGUAGGUUCAGUUGCUAUUCAGACUCAAUCAUUCUUCCAGUUCCAUCAUCAGAUCAAUCAGCAACGAACAAACUCAUAUCAUCCCAAACCAGAUCAUCAGAUCCUCUACAAACUUCUUACCUUCAUCCAAUCAACUCAGCCACCAUGCAAUUCAACUUGAUCGUCGCCACCGUCGCUGCUCUUGCCAGUGUCGGCAUUGCUCUACCAACCGGAGGUGCCGCAGGACCUCAUCGCGAGGCUCAGAUCGAGGUCCCCGAGAACAACACGACGACGCACGCCCCCAUGAGACAUUGGCCUAAGAUCAUGUCGCCUAACAGCGGCAACGGUGAGGUCCGACAUGGCUCCAACGCUGACCAGAGCCUUGAUCCCCGGAUCGACCGCUGCCCUUCGAUUUGUGCGGUCGCAGCCCAAGCAUGCGUCGUGGCCAUCGGAUGCACCGACCGCUGCUAAAUAACCGAGCCUCUGGGCGGAGUCGCCGUUGCGACCAGGGCAGGUCGCAGCAGGAGUUUGACCUAAAAAUCCAUCAGGGUCUGCCUCCUGCACUAGGAAAGGUUGAAGAUCCAGUGUCGGGAGGAAGGAGGAGCACGUGCUCGGAUGCCCGUCUGGACGAGCAUCCAGCGGAAGGACUAGGAGUGGAAAGGGGGAGCAAAAAAGAAGCUAUGGCGGCAAAUAAAUGACGCCAUGAGCACUGGCCAACGGAAGAGACCUGGCGUUGAACCAAUGGCCGUGUAUUGUAUCUGUUAUUGUCCAGCGUUGAUCAUUGACGAAUGAAUAUUUUUGCACAUCUUUCAUUCGGUUGCAAUUGAAUGCACGUAAAGUUUGACCAAGACCAAAAUGCGGAUUCCUGGCGCCGCAACGGGACACGAAAAAGGGCAGGCCUCACAUGCUCUGAUAUAACUAGCGACCGAUUCGGAUCGGAGUUCAUUCCAUGGUUCAUUGCGCAGAAUAC